AUGAGUCUGCAGCUGGCAGAUCUUGGAAAUUCCUCAGGGGGGCCGCCGCGCUAUCGCAACUCUCCUCGACGGCCUCCUCCUGCUCCGUUGCCAGUGUACACCAAUGGCACCCUUUCUCCACUCCCAACGGGCGGCCUACCGUCAGACACACCGGUUCCUCACACCCCGACCCAUGGCUUGCUCGCACAGCUCAAUCACCUACUGCCACGACACACAAUCUUCCACGUACGCCUCCAUAUCCACGAAAUCGCCAGCGUCCCCCUCGUCUCGGGCGAAUUUGCGGCGAAAUGGCGUUUCAAGAACGUCCAGGCUGUUCCGGGCUCGAAACAGGGUUUCCUCGGCAUAGGGAGGAAGAGGAAUACGUCGCGCUCGCGGACGUCGAGCGGGCAGGAGCAGGACGAGAAGACUAAGGCUAGCAGCGAGGAUGGGAGGGAUAGUGGGACCACGUCGCCUGAGGUAGGAUCUUCCGAAGAUACACCUUCCAUACCGUCGGUCGUCGUCUCGCGGCAUCCUGGUGGGGCUGCUACCCAGCCCCCGACACCAAUAUCCCACACCUCACCGGACUGGCAUCCCGGCCCUUCGUUACUGUCACCCUCCCUCUCAUCGUCUCGAAUACCGACACUCUCCGAGCUUAGCUCGAGUUUGUACCGGCAGCCGGAAGAACAGUCCACACCUUCCUUGACUGCGACUACCCCAGUCAAUGGCUACGCGUCGUCUCGUGGCAUGACCACGUUUGGUCAGCUGAAGGAACACAAAGUCGUAUGGGACCACACCGUUGACGUCGUGGUCAAGAUGGAUGUCGAACGUGACACACUGGAACUGCUUCCCAACGAACUCAAAUUGGAAGUGAUGCAGCGCGUGAUUCCGAACGAUCCCUCAGCACCGCAGAACCCUCGGCUCGGCGUCCUCUACCUCAACCUCGCGCAAUACGCAUCCCCCUCGACGCCCUCCGUCACGCGGCGCUACCUCCUCCAAAAGUCCAAAACCAACGCCACGCUCAAACUCACCGUCCAGCUCGAAUUCGUGGGCGGCGAACGGAACUUCGUCGCCCCUCCGCUCCCCAAGGGGCAGAUCCUCGGGGGUGUGAAGGGUGUGUUAGAUAGCGAUGUGCUGAGGUUGCGGCCGCGGAUAGCGGGGCUGGAGAGGGGGAUGGCGAUGGCGAUGACGGGGCCUAUGGGAUUCUUCCCCGAGCUUGGCGUUGGUAAUGGGCCUGGUGUCAAACCGGGGCCCUUCCCUACGAGUAACGGAGCCAUCAUCGUCGCGGGCGAGCAGUACACACCUGAUACCCUCAGCCUGAUGUACGGCCCCCGGAUGACAGAGAAUAUCAUCGACGCGAUAUUCAACCCCGUACCUACGACGGACAAAGCUAAAGAGGGGCCGUUCACAUAUUACCUAGAUCCCACCGAGGAAGAAAGCAGCACCCAGCCGGAAUCCUCAUCUCCGUCUUCUCCCACUUCGACUGGCUCCACGUCCUCCCCUCAUCAACGACAUCCCAAUCAUACUGCCAAGCAUAACAAACAUGGCGACGGCGCGUCGGUGUACUCCACAGAGAGCAAUAGCAGCGUCUGCGAAUCCAUAUCCGUGCAAUCGCACCACUCACACCAUUCUCACCAUUCUUCGGCAUCAAACGCACCCUCUACGUCAACGCAUUCCACGCACUCGAGCUUGGGGAUAGGGUUGGGAGUGAGCUUGGGGCCGAUGGGGAUUGUUGAGCCAAGGCGGUCGUCCGCGGGGUCUGCGGGGAGUGGGGAGGCGGCGGAGCCUACUGGGCGCAUGAAGGGGUGGUGGAAGAAGAUAGGGCACAAUAAUAGCGGAGCGAACUCUCCAAUGACUCGACAAGAUACCCUCACGCCUCCCGCGACGAGUCCUGCCAUGCCAUCCGUUCAGAUAGCUAUUUAA